GCCGCCGCUGCCGCCACCGCCGCCACUGCCGUCGCGAUGUUCGGGAUGCUGAACAGCAGCUUCGAGGACGACCCCUUCUUCUCUGAUUCUUUUAUUGCACACCGAGAAAGUAUGAGACAGAUGAUGAGAAGUUUUUCUGAACCUUUUGGAAGAGAUUUUCUUAGCAUCUCUGAUGGCAGAGGAAGAGCUCAUAAUCAUAGAGGACAUCAUGAUGGUGAAAAUUCUUUGGCUGUAUUGAAUUCUCUUGUGCCUUUUGGCAGUUUUGGUGGUGCGCAUACAGAUGUCAACCCUUUUCAGGCAAUGGACCGAAUGAUGUUAAAUAUGCGAAACAGUAUGCAGGAAUUACAAAGAAACUUUGGUCACCUUUCAGUGGACCCAAAUGGACAUUCAUUUAGUUCUUCUUCAGUUAUGACUUAUUCCAAAGUAGGAGAUGAACCACCAAAAGUUUUCCAGGCCUCAACUCAAACCCGUAGGGCUCCAGGGGGUGUAAAGGAAACGAGGAAAACAUUGAGAGAUUCUGACAGUGGACUAGAAAAAAUGGCUGUUGGUCAUCAUCUUCGUGACCGAGCUCAUGUCAUUAAAAAGUCAAAGAACAAUAAAACUGGAGAUGAAGAGCUCAAUCAAGAAUUCAUUAAUAUGAAUGAGAGUGAUGCUCAUGCUUUUGAUGAUGAGUGGCAAAGUGAGAUUUUGAAGUACCAACAUGGGGGGCACCGGCGCAAUCUGCGAAGUGUCGGUCAUGGGAAUUCUGGUUCCCAAGAAGUUAAAAGAAGGGAGAAACCUCAUCAAAAUCCAGCCAUUGAGAAGGGAAAGUCAAAUGCUUUUGUGGACAAACUCAACAUCAAAGGAUCACCUGUGAAAAUCAACAAAAAAUAAAUAGACUUGGCAUUUGAUUUAAUUAGCUUUGGUUGUUUUAAAGGAGAAAGUAACGGUGCUGGGCAAUAUACAUAAGACCAAUCCCUUGUUAAUCAAUAUUGUGCUUAUUAACAACUUCCUUCUGAUAUCUGAAUGUUCUUGGAAGUGCUAGCUUUAUAUUGUCCUUGCUUUAGUAAUAAACUGUUUUAAAACAAUGCAAAUAAAUUUUUAAACAUUCUAUAAAACUCUACUGUAAAACAUAUUACUUUUUACUGAUUUAAUUUCCCAGUUUUUCUGUUAAAUAUAUAUUCUCUUAUAUUCAAGAUUGAAUGUAGAACUAGAUCUAUCAUAACUAGUUAUAAGAAGGUAAAGUGUUAAAAAAAAUAGUCUGUUUUUCCCUAAAACUAUACUAGAGUGAAAAUAAAGAUCUAAAUAAUUUAUCAAAUUUUAUAGUAUACUAUGGAGCAUGCUAGCUUGACACUUUAAAAGAAAAUAAAGUAAAAUUAAAAUGGUACUUUUUUUGAGAAAUCAGUUACUUUGAUAAAAAAAACAUGAAUAACAAAAGAGAUUAUCACUUAUUUUCAAAGAGAGAUUUUAACUUGUUAGCGUGGGUGAGUUUUCUUAUAAUUUCUCUACACAUUGUAUUCUUUUUAUUCCACAUUACAUUCUUAACAUUCAUCAGACUUUCUAUUGACCUUUCUGUAACUUUUUAAGUUGGUAUUUUUCUGCUCUCCUUUCCCACAAACAGCUUAAUCUAUCUCCAUUCUAAAGUUGGAGUGCCCUUGGAGAAACUGUGUUCAGCCUUUCUGUGACAUUUAGAAAAUUCCUUUGGUAUUCUACAACGUAAAUGAUUGAUUGUCUCAAAAUUUCUCAGACAGGUGAUGUGUGUGUUUGAGCAAGGUCCUUAAUAAUUCACUUCUUCCCUUUUGUAAUUAUGUCAUUUAAAAAUCAGCUAUAGCAUUUUUAUUUUAGAGUUCAAGCAUUGUUCUGUUUUAAUAAAAGGUUUGAAGUUUAUGGAAAUAUAAAAUUUUAACUCUUGAGUUAAGUCUUUGUUCUUUAUGAAUUGUUUCUAUUAAGGGGAGAGGAAAGAAAAGAAAAUUCACUAGUGGGGGUAUCGCUGGUGGCAUAGAGGGUUAAAGACAGUGCCAUCAAGCUAACUCCAGACGCUGCAGCAGGAGUUUGAAAGCUGGCUGGUCAAGGAGCUGACCCACAUGGC